GGUUACAUAGAGACAGACGCUUCCAGGACAGUACGCGAACGGGAAAUCGAUUAACGGGCAGCAUCGUCUGACCUGCCAAACUGUCCCCCCGGGGCUCACAUUUCUUGGCCGUACCAAGCACCAAUCUUGUCCUCGAAAGCCGCAGGCGGGCACAGGGGAGAGGCAGGGAGAACCGGAGAAGAACAGGGGAGGAGCGGUGAGCAGGCUCGCUGAUACCAAUGGCGGCUUCUUCUUCCGUGCGCCUGCUGCUGCUCUGCCUCCUCGGCUUCUGCGUCGCGCUGAGCCACCAGCGGUCGUCAGACUCGUGCGGCACGGCGCGCGUCGCGGUCGCCAGCCACGUGCCGUUCGACUCCACAUCCUUCCGCUGCGUCGCCGCCUGGAAGCAGGAGGACUUCGUCCUGAGGUACAAGAACACCGGGCCGAGCGAAUGGAGCUUCAUCCUCUCGGCACCGGACAAGGGCUCCUACGUGGCAGUCGGCUUCUCGGGCAAGGGCGCGAUGGUCGGGAGCAGCGCCGUCGUCGGGUGGGCGUCCAACGGCAAGGGCACCGUGAAGCAGUACUACCUUGGCGGCAAGAGCCCCGACGAGUGCCCCGCGAACAAGGGCCUCCUCAAGCUGAUCAAGAACAAGUCCGUCGUCGUGUCGCACUCCGGCCGGCUCUACCUCGCCUUCCAGCUCAGCACCGACUACCCGCAGCCGCAUCUGAUCUACGCCGUCGGGCCGGACGGCAACCUGCCGUCCGGCAACUCCCUGCACCUGUCGAUGCACCGGAACAUGGUCUCCCGCUCCUUCAACUACACCUCUGGAAUGGCUUCUAACUCCGGCGGCUCCGGCGACUCGGCGUUCCCGCCGGAGAGGAAGCACGGCCUGCUGGGCAUGAUGGGGUGGGGCGUGCUGAUGCCCAUCGGCAUGAUGACGGCGCGCUACUUCCGGCAGCUGGACCCGUGCUGGUUCUACAGCCACAUGGCCAUCCAGGUUGCCGGCUUCGCCAUCGGCAUCGCGGCCAUCGUCCUCGGCUUCCGCCUCAACGAGGACGGGCUCAAGAACCUGUACGUGCACAAGGCGCUCGGCAUCGCCAUCUUGGUCAUGGCCACUCUUCAGGUGAUGGCCAUCCUGGCGCGGCCUGACAAGACGUCCAAGGUGAGGCGGUUCUGGAACUGGUACCACCACAACAUCGGCCGCGCGGCGAUCCUGGUGGCCAUCGGCAACAUCUUCCUGGGGCUGUCCAUCGCGCAGGAGGUCAGCGCCUACAUCGUCUCCUACGGCGUCUUCGUCGCCGUGUGGGUGAUCGCCGUCGCCGCCUUCGAGAUGAAGAGGUGCUACGCGGACGACGACUGAUCGAUCGACGAUCAUUCCUCAUAGAGCACUGAACCCUGGCAGCGAUACUUACAGUCGUUCCGAACAACUGGCCAUAUAUAGGAGGAAUUCAUGGACGUAAAUCAAACGUUCACGACCAGUGACGUGACACACACCAUUCUUGUUCCUUAGCUCACAAUUGAAGGAAUUGGACAGUGUAUAAGAGAAGCGUGUUUUGGUUGGUUGAUUUGUUUUUGGGUAUAGGAUGUGAAGCAGGGGCCGGACUGCUGUUUCUAGCUCAGCUGGAUGCUCUGAUUCAUAUUUGUACAUUGUACGUGUUGUGUGCUGUACCAUUUUGGAUGAUACUUUGUUGUUCACGUUUUAGUUUUACCGUACAUUGAUCAAUGAUACUGUUCCCUGAUUUCCGG